ACCUUCGUUUCGUAAAUUUAACUCAGUGAAACGAAAAACCUCGCGCAGUGCGGGCCACCGUACAUUUAUACUGCAAGUGAAUUUAUUGUGUAUUUGUGUUGAUAAAAUGCCAUUCAUUUCGAAAGACUGGCGAUCCCCAGGUGAAGAGUGGGUCAAAACGCAAGAAGGAUGGGAGAAGAAAAAGGUCUUGGAGUGCACAUCGCAACGAUACCCAGCUAUAGCUAACUAUAAUAACCCAGACGAUAGCCAGCCUAAGUCAUGGUCAGAGGGAGAGGAAAGCGACAAAAACUCCGACGUAGCGAGGGUGCCCCCACACUGCCACAUUACUAUCAAGUGCACUAGAGAGAUCGCUGGCUUCAACGGCCUGUCAGAAGCGGUCCGUCGCCUGGACUUCUCAUCAGCCGUGCGAGAUGUCAGGAGGUUCAACUACAUCUGUGCUCUUCUGAACUUGCUGGUUGGGGGACAGAAGCUGACACAUCUGCCUGGAGCUGCGCAGAAGUUGUUAUUGAGCAUGUUGGAGGAAGUCGCACAUCAGGUGGCCUCAUCGAAGCAGAACCUGAACGCACUACGAGCGCUGGUGGUGGGUCUGUCGGCGGCGCGCGAGUCGGAGCGCGGCGCGUGCUGGGGGCGGCCGCUGGGCUCGCGCGCGCUGUGGGGGCACCACGACCACGCCAUCGCCCGGAUACACCGCAUCGCCGAUAAUAUCUGCAUACAGGAGCCGGGUCCGGAGGUGGCGCCCAAGCUGCACGACUUGCCAGAAGAGUGCGUCCGGGAGAUCCUGCUGAGGAUAGCUGACCACAGAGAUUUAGAUGCCGCAUCAUCAGCGUGGAACCUCAUGGCCUCUCUAUGCUCCGAACAACGGAUAUGGAGGGAACUAGUGCUGUUUCACUUCACCCCGGCACAGAUAGAAGGAGAGACUGAGAAGAAAGACGACGACGGUGAAGAAGAGUGUGAGAACAACAAGAAACAAAAGAUGGAGGUGGACUGGAAGUCUGUCUUUCAUAAGCUUAGGAAACACUACGGUCUCCGUGAAGACACGCAGUUCGCGGAGACGCUGUCUCUCUGUCGACACUGCAAGUGUCUGUUCUGGCGCUCGCUCGGACACCCCUGUAUUGCUGAUCAGUGUCCGGAGUACGCGUCUCGUCUGAAGGAAGCGGGGGGCCCCCUCCCUCCCCACCCCGUCCCGCCCGCGGCCUUCCUCAAGUUCUUCUCACUGUAGACUGCCGACUACCGUGACUACUGCAAGUUCGACUCAUUGUAGUGUAGACCACGGUGACUAUGGAGUUCGUCUCACUGUGGUCUACCGACUACAUGCACUACCUACUGGUAGUUCGACUCAUUGUAGACUACCGGUUACAUUCACUACUGGUAGUUCGUCUCACUGUGGACUACCGACUACAUUCACUACUGGUAGUUCGUCUCAUUGUAGACUACUGACUACGCUACGUGACUACUGCAAGUUCGACUCAUAGUAGGCGGUGACUACUGUGACUACGGCAAGUUCUUCUCAUUGGACACUACCGACUGCGAAACCUACUGUAACUUCGUCUCAUUGUAGACUGCCUACUACAUUCACUACUGGUAGUUCGCCUCAUUGUAGACAACUGACUACAUUCACUACGGAUGAUUGUACUACCAGAGUAACCUUUAAGGCUUGUUUCACAAAGACUAUGCUAGACUCAGAUACACAGACUUAGAUUUGCCGCUAAGUCUGUGGUUAGAUUUGCUACUCAUCGUAUCUUAAUUCAAGAAGACAUAAAUUUCGGACGAAUGAUGUUGUUAAUGAAAUAAUUAUUAAUGAAAAACUAGAGGGCAAAAUAUAUACACUUACUUUGUUUAUUAUAUUAUAUAUUAUCGGAUAGUAUGAUGAAAUCUGGAUCAUAAGUGAAAGAAUAAUCAUUUCAAGAUUUCAAUACGGCAUGAAAACUAGCAGGCGAUUUUGCAGAUGACAGUUACAUAAUUGUAUUAUAGACAAUUCAUACCGAUCAUGCUUGAAAUAAGAUGCUGUAGUUACUUAUUUAUUUUUUGAUUCUGCUAAUAACUUUAUCCACAUGUUCUGUAACAGAAAACUUGGAGCUUACAGUGCCACAAUGUCACAUAAGAAAGAGUGGCCUAAAUUAGAAGUAACUAAAAAUGAAUUUCUACAACACCAGUAAUAUUAAAGUCACUGCCGCACCUUGAUUUAAAAAUAUGUUAAAAUGUUGUCAUACAUUUUUGGCAUUUUCAUAGACAUACAAGUGAAAAUUGACUAAGUAUUUGCAAUAAUUAUAUUCGGUUUUAAUUUUGGAGGUUAUAUUUUGGAUUAAAGUAGGUUAAUGUUGCCCAAUGCAAAAAUUAUGGAAUUGUCUGGUAUUUUGAUCUCUUUUACAACUCAAUUGAAACCAGUAAAUGUUUAUAAAGAAGUAUGAGUGUAUGUGUUCAGCUUAUUAUUAUAUUUAAUAAGUAGGAUUGUGUUUUGUCGUUACUGAUGUGUUGGUUGACCAAAAAGUAUGUGUUUGUUAUCAGUUAUCAACCUUUUUAAUGUAUACUCGUUAGUGUUAGAUCGUGCUGUGUUAUCACUUUUUUCACGUGCACAGUAAUUGUAAUUUAAACAUACCUUUAUUAUAUGUAUAUUUUUUUUACUCAUGCUUUAAAACACUAUGUGAUAUUUUCAAAAAUAUGUCAAAAUGUCGGUUUUGCAUUCGUGUUCUUUUAAAAAACAAGGUAUUUUAUUCGAAUCAGUAAUUAAAGUUCAUUACUAACAUAACUGCCAAAUUAAGCAAAGCAUUGGGUAGGCUGAUAAUUAUUAUUAAUUAUUUAAGUCUCUACUGAAUAUGGAUAAGAAUUUUGGUUUGUGCUUGCAUUUAAGUAUAAAUAAUGCUCGCAGUAAUUCGUUAAAUAUUAUAAUAUUGUACUAUGGCUGCCGAUAAUAUAUCAAAACAUAGGAACAACAAUGCAUCACAAAUAGGUACAUAAGGUCAAAUAAUAUUUUGUUACUAAAAUUUAAAGUUAACUAUAGCUUUUAAUUGACAUCACUUAGAGCCUGUUUUACAUUGUUUGUUUAAAGGUUGGGCUAAAAAUCAUGCAGAAACUUUCUUAAAUUAUAUAGGGUUUCCCGUAAAUUGUGAACCAACGGAAAGGGGACAAUCUAAACAACGUUUGUUCUAUGGCUUUUGGAAUUUUGAGAAAAAAAAUUGAUUCUUCAUACAAUUUUUGAUAGUUUUGUGAGAUUGACCCCCUGACUCACCCACUUUCCGUUAGUUCACUAUUUACGGGACGCCUGUAUUUUGUGACUGCAUGAUUUUUAUUGUGUUAUAGCUUUUAUGAAGACACUGUAAAACAAAGAUUUAAAUAUGGCUUAAAAUAUGACCGCUGAAAAUUGUUUGAAUUGCCAACGAUGUCUACCAAUAUCUAGGCCUAACAAAUCCAAAUCUUUAAAUUCAUAUAUCCGUCUCAAUUUUUUUUUGACUAUAGCAAUAUAUUUAUUGAUAGUGUAGUUCCAAAUUCGUGUUGUAGACUUAAAAAUGAAAGUAUUAUAUCAAGGAGAUAUUUUAAUAAUGUAAGAAAAAAUAAGAAAACAAAAAAAAGUCUGAUGGUACACUUGGUUCCACUGUUCACUGUACUAAGUAUGUAGCGUAGUUGUUGAUAUUGUGAUAUUUUAAGAUAAAUUUAUGAUUAACAUAAUCGUGUGAUAGUC